GACAGGAACAUCCCAAACUUUUUUUGACCACCACCUCGAAAAAGUCACCCAAUUCCAACCAGUUCCUCUCCCACCACUCCACCUCGCUGUCCGAGUAUGCUCGCGGCACCAUGGGUGUGCCGUCGCUGUCUGGGAGGGCUUCUCAAACCCAGAGCGACCCAAUUCAUCCGCCAUGCUAGCUCCGACGCAGCAGCAACCCUCCCACCAGCCCUCCUCCAACGAGCCCGCAACAUCGCCAAAGAACACGACGCCCUCGCCGCGACCCUUGAAGAAGACUACGACUCCAAAACGGCCCGGCGCGUAGGCGAGCUCUCCAGCGUCGUCACCGCCCUCCGAGAAUGGGAAAAGGCACAAUCCUCCAUCGCCGAGCUCGACGGCCUCCUCUUCUCCAAAGAUAAAGAACUCCGCGAAAUGGCCGCCGAGGAACUCCAGACCACAAACGGCCAGCUCAGCUCCCUCUCGCGCAAGCUCUCCGCCUCGCUCACGCCAAAGGAUCCCUACGCGCACAUGCCCUGCCUCCUCGAGGUUCGCCCCGGGCCGGGCGGUCUCGAGGGCCGCUUCUUCGCAGACACGUUAUUCAAAAUGUACAAGGGCUACUGCGCGCGGAAAGGUCUGCGCAUGACGGUCAUAAAAUAUGACAUGGCCGACGCAGCGGGCGAUUCCUCCUCAGCGGCAGGCGAGAGCCCUCUCCAGGAAGCCGUCAUCGAGGUCCAGGACCCGGGCGCGUACGACCUCUUCCGCGGCGAGGCGGGCAUGCAUCGCGUCCAGCGCAUCCCAGCGACGGAGAGCAAAGGCCGCGUACACACGAGCGCCGUGGCUGUUUGGGUCCUCCCUUCGUUUCAGGGAGAGGGAGGCGACAUGGAGGACAUCAACAACCCGGAAAGCGACUUCUUCAUCGACCCCUCGGAAGUCAAGAUCGAGACGAUGCGGGCGCGCGGCGCGGGCGGGCAGCACGUCAACAAGACCGAGUCGGCGAUCCGCAUGACGCAUAUUCCGACGGGGACGGUCGUCAGCAUGCAGGACUCGCGAUCGCAGUCGCGGAACCGGGACGACGCGUGGAAGCUGAUCCGGUCGCGCGUUGCGCUGCAGCGGCGCGAGGCUCGAGAGGAGGCCGCCGCGCAGUUGAGGAAUUCUGUGCUGUCCAAGCAUAAGAUUACGCGCGGGGACAAGAUCCGGACGUAUAACUACAACCAGGACCGGGUGACAGAUCACCGGGCGGGUAUCGAUGUGCAUAACUUGCCUGAUUUGAUUGCCGGCGGGGAGUCGCUGGAUAAGAUUGUCGACGAGGUCAGGGAUUGGCUUGUGUCGGGGGACAUCGAGGCUAUGAUGGCUGAUGAGGAGGUUGCUAACGCUGAUGCGAAGAAGGCGCAAAAGUGAUGCGGAAACAACUCUUGUGUAGAAAUGUACUAUAGUGUAAACUUGUUGAGUAAAGAAGACAUGAUCAAAGCAAGGUCGAUAGGGGUCAUGUGUUGAAGAGCCGGAACGAACUUUGAUCUCGAUGAGGACCAUCAAAGUGAAUAUGAAGCAGGAUACGCAGGAGAAAAAGGACAAAAAACAAGCUAUCCAUGGCAUUAUGUAGGACCGCGAGCCAACAUACAAUCCUGCUAAUGAAAGCUAGGAUCAUACUGCUCGGCCAUUGACUACAACGGACGCU